AUGGCGUUAUGUAAGGCGAAAACAGAAAAAGAAGAUUUAUUAUGUUGUCCGAUAUGUUCUGAAGAAAUUAAACAACCGAAAAUAUUACCUUGUAUGCAUAGUUUUUGUAAAGAAUGCAUACACGAACAUAUUUCUAAUAUGGGACGCAGCACCAAAAGUGAAAUAACCCAAUUCACAUGUCCAGUUUGCAGAUCAGUCGUGAAACCAAAAGAUUUGGUUGCACCGGUUGAUGAAUGGUCUUCUGCUCUUCAGGAUAAUCUUAUCCUUUCUAUCAUUGUUUCUACAUCAAAGGGAGAUAAACAACAGGACUGUAAUGUUUGUGACCAGCAUCAACAAAACUCCACUGCCAAGUUCUGGUGCAACGGAUGCAAAAAGACUUUGUGUGAAAAAUGUAACAAAAUGCACAAAUGGCUAAAUCUAUCGUCACAUCAAGUAAUUGCAUUUGAGGAAUUAGGAUCAACUAUAUCUGGACUUGAUUUGCAUGCAGUGUCUGAGAAUUGCAAUGAACACCCAUCAAAUAGUAUUGAAGCAAUAUGCUUGAACCAUGAACAGUUAUGUUGUAUUCAGUGCGUUACUGUAAAUCAUUGGAACUGUAAAAGCGUCAAGACAAUAGAAGAAAUUACAAAUUCUACUGAUGUUUACGACACACUUAAUGAUAAAUUAGAAUGCAUUAAACAAGCAACCGUAAGACUUCUGAACGAAAAAGAAAAGCAAACGCGCGAUCUCAAAGAUAAAAUGGAAAACAUAAAAGCAGAUGCAGCAAUGUUUAUUGAACAAGUUAAAUGUAAGAUAGACGGUUUAUUUGAGACAUUUAAGAAGCAGUUAAAUGUAUUUUGGGACGAACAAAAUACAAAUGUAAAUAUUCGAAUGCGUUUACUUUCACAAUUCAUUGGAAAUUUAGACCACUGGAUCAAUGUUAACACAGUCGUAAAAGAGUUUGGAACCAAAACACAGCAUUUCAUUCAAGUUGAGACCACGAAGAACCAGAUAAAGAGCAGCCUGAAUGAAAUAGAUACUGUUACCGAACAUGACACAACGCUUGAUAUUAAACUGGCAAAGAAUGAAAUGUUAGAGCAACUCGAAACAGCUGAAAAUUUACUUUUAUUUGAAAAGUCAGAACAUGAUUUAGGCGAUCAAAUGAAAGAUAUUCGUAAAUGCUGUAAAGCUUUAGGUAUUAUAUAUCAACCAAUGUUUAAGGAUAUCAAAGUGGAACUGGUUCAGGUUUUCCACAUUGAAGGAUCGGACUUAUCUUGUGGAGUAUGUGUAGGGGAGGAUCACAUUAUACUUGGUAACAGGUCAACAAAGGACAUAAUACAGGUGUUCGACAAAAAAUCUGGUCUUGUAAUUAACACAGUCAAAUUUAGUGAAAAUACUUGCCGCAUGUGUUAUGAUAUUGAACAAAAACAAAUAUUUAUUUCUUCGUACCAAAAGAGAAAAUUGUACAAAGUUGGCACAAUAGGAGCACUAGUGAAAGAUCCGGAAUUACUGCAGUUUAAUAGUGAUUACGUUGGGGCAUCAUGUAAAUAUGGUGAACACAUUUACAUAGUUGUUAACGAUGCUAUUAAAAGAUUCGUCUCUACUUCUAAACCAAACGAAUCGGUGGAAAUGACAUCCAUCGUUUCUACUAAUACAUUUUGUGGGACAAAUGGCAUGACCAUUAUUAGAAAACAUAUUAUUUUUACAACAAAGUUGAACGAAAUCAAAUGCAUAACGCUUGAUGGGGAAGACGUUUACUGCUUUAUAGACGAAGCAAUCAAAACCCCUAUAUCAUUGAGUGCUUUGUCGUCAGGUCUCACUUUAGUGUUAGAUCGAUCUGACAAAGGAUCUUUACAUGUGCUUUCAGAAGACGGUACUAAACACAAAACACUUCUUGACAAGUUUGAAACUAUCACGGGCCCUCGCGAUAUCUGGUUGGACAAUAAUGAUCACGAAACAUUUUAUAUAGCCGGUGGGGAAUAUCUGGAGAUGUACAAAAUUACAAGUGAUUAA